UUUUCUUCAGUUGUAGAAUUAACUAAUUAGCAAAUUAAAGCGACUUAUUUCAAUAUAUUAAUAUACCUUUUUGCAAGAUAUAUUUUAUUUUCAUUUUAAUAGCGAACACGAGUAAAAUUAUAUUACAAACAUAUAAAUUUACAAUGUGAUAAUGGUAUAGUUUUAAGACAUUGCAUGAAAUCCAGAAAAUGUUAAAAUUUAUAAACUAUUCCAUUGUGAGUUCUAAUAAAGAAUAAUGUACGUUAACGUAUAUUUCAUAUAUAGGAAGUAAUGUGUUCUAAUUCUUAACGCAAUCUUAACAAAAAUGGAUGAAGAAGAAGUUUGGGAGGAUUUGUCUAAUAUACCUGCUGAUCCACCUGUUAUGAGAGAUUUGUGUAUGAAAUGCAAAAGACCUUCAGUAGUGUGUUGGUGCAAAGGUCUUCCCCCAGAGAGGCUGAUUCCUCAAAGCACUGUCAUACUACUACAACAUCCAGGUGAAGAAAAGAGAUGUCUCCGUACCGCUCCCAUGUUGCAACUUGGUUUAGUCGAAAAUAAGUGUCUCAUCUACAAAGGGAAGAAAUUCCCUCAACCCAGACAUGAGAAUCUAGAAAACAUAUUGACUCAACCAAAUACAAUAUUAUUAUAUCCCAGUAAAGCUGCUAUAGAUAUUCAAGAACUUGACAAAGACAUGUCAUCUUACAACUUGGUGAUAAUCGAUGGUACCUGGCCCCAAGCCAAAGCCAUAUAUGCAUCUAGUCCAAUUUUACAUAAUAUAAAACAAGUUAAACUCAUCACUACCAAUACUAGCAACUAUAUAAUAAGGACCCAACCCACAGAAGGUUGUCUGAGUACCUUGGAAACAGCUGCUGAGGCAUUGUCUCAAUUGGAAAAUAACCCACUAUAUAGGGAACAAUUGAAUGGACCCCUGCAUAUGCUCUGCAAAUAUCAAUUGGACAAUGGAGCAGUCACACAUCAGUCCAAGGAGUUUUUAUUAAAAACUAAAACAUAUCCCAAAUUAAUUGGCAAAAGAUUGUCAAAAUUGCUAAGGUCUACAAAUGAUUUUGUCUCAAAUUAAUAUUUUACAAUGUGUAUGUUGUCUGUCACAAUUUUUAUUAUUAUAUGAUAAGUUUUAUAUAAUUAAUAUAAAUUUAAUUCAAA